AUGGGUUUCAGUUUCCGUAAGCGUGGCGCCGCUGAGGUGGUCACUCCCGCGAGCAACUCCUCUAGUGAAGUGGUCGAGGCGAGCGGUGCCGAGGCCCUGAAUACACUAAAACACUUCGAAGAACAGCACAAGCUCGACCCUAAUCUACCGAUCCAGGAACUCAAUGAUGUGGACGCGGCUCUCGCUACAGGCAAUGCCGAGAAGGGUGUCGAGAUCGAGACGACCCUCCUCGAGGAGAAUAGCCCCUACCCGGAGGUGCGCGCCGCGGUGAGAAAUUACGAUGUCGACUUGCCGGCUAAUACGAUUCGCGCCUGGGUAAUCGGCUUGAUUCUAUGCACAGUUGGCUCGGCUGUCAAUAUGCUGUUUUCGUUGAAGAACCCUACCAUACAAAUAACGACAUAUGUCAUCCAGUUGGUUGCGUAUCCGAUUGGGCUAGGAUGGGAUUUGAUCUUCCCUGACCGGCAGUUUUCCGUGAUGGGGUUGAAAUUCAACUUCAAACCCGGCAAGUUCAACUUCAAAGAACAUGUCAUUAUUGUAGUCAUGUCGAAUGCAGCUUACGGGGGUGGCUUCUUGUAUGCUACCGACGUCUUGAUUGCUCAGCAGGUCUUUUACAAGCAGCACUUUGGCUGGGGUUUUCAGCUAUUGUUUGCCAUCACCACUCUCUGCACAGGAUAUGGCCUAGCUGGUUUGGGCAGGCGAUUUCUUGUCUGGCCAGCUGCUAUGAUAUGGCCUUCAGACCUUGUGAACGCCUCAUUGUUCUACGCCCUGCACGACCAUUCCCCUUCCGAACCCUCCCAGGCAAAUGGUUGGAGAAUCAGUCGAUAUCGAUGGUUCUUAUAUGUACUCGGUGGCGCGUUUGUCUGGUAUUGGUUUCCCGGUUGGAUCUUCCAGGGUUUAUCUUAUUUCACCUUCAUCUGUUGGGCCGCUCCUAACAAUGUCGUGGUCAACAAGAUAUUUGGAGGUCUACAUGGAUACGGCCUGUUACCGACGACUCUAGAUUGGACAGUCGUGUCUGGAUACGCGCUUUCUCCGCUUAUCCCCCCUUUCCAUGCCGUCGCCAACACUGUGGCAGGUGUCAUUAUCUUUUUCAUCGUCGUCUCGAUGGGCCUGCACUUUUCUGGACACUGGUACGCGGAUUACUUUGUCGUCCAGUCUUCUAGUGCUUUUGAUAAUACUGGCGCCGUUUACGACGUCUCGAAAAUAUUAAAUCAAGACCUGGUAUUCGACGAGGAGAAGUACCACAACUACUCCCCCCUAUUUCUUUCUACCCAGUUUGCUAUAGCAUACGGCUUAUCAUUCGCUGCCGUCGCCGCAGUCGUCGUCCAUGUAGCCUUGUACCAUGGAAAACAAAUCGUCUCGCAAUUCAAACUUGCUCGCAAGCAGUCGGAAGACAUCCAUAUGAAGCUUAUGCAGAAGUACCGGGACGCGGAAGACUGGUGGUACCUCGCACUCUUCGUCAUCAUGAUUGGCCUCUCGUUUGCUGUAUGUACUGCGUGGCCAACUGGGUUUCCCGCCUGGGCCUACGUCGUCUGCAUUGUAAUUCCGUUGGUCUGGACGAUCCCGAUCGGGAUCGUCCAAGCCAUUACGAAUAUCCAGCUUGGGUUGAACGUUCUGACCGAAUUUAUCAUCGGGUACAUGUUACCCGGUCACCCUCUGGCGAUGAUGAUGUUCAAGAACUACGGCUAUAUCUGCAUGUCACAAGCUCUCUAUUUCUCGCAGGACUUAAAGCUUGGCCAUUAUAUGAAGGUCCCUCCUCGUACCAUGUUUUGGUCGCAGCUUGUUGCGUCCAUAUGGUCCGCCAUUGUCCAGAUUGCCGUCAUGAACUGGGCCCUAGGAUCUAUUCCUAACAUCUGCGCCGAUGACCAAGUUGACAACUACACCUGUCCAAACGGUAGGGUCUUUUACACUGCGUCAGUCAUAUGGGGUGCCAUCGGUCCGCGCCGGAUGUUCAGCGGCGAUGCUCUCUACUCCUCUCUCCAAUGGUUCUGGCUUGUUGGUGCCGUCACUCCCAUUAUCACCUGGUUUUUGGCGCGCCGCGCCCCUAAAUCAAUGUUUGGAUUUGUCCGGUCUAUCAACAUGCCGCUGGUCUUCGGUGGUUCAAGUAUGAUACCGCCCGCUACAUCGUAUACGUACCUCUGCUGGGGAGCGGUGGGUAUGUUCUUUAACUACUACGUUAAAAGAAGGUGGAAUGGCUGGUGGUUACAGUACAACUAUAUCACGUCUGCGGCUCUCGACUGCGGCCUUGCGAUUUCAACCAUCAUCAUCUUCUUCACCCUCUACCUUACAUCCGCUCAGCUACCGAAAUGGUACGGGAAUUACGAUGUCUUCGACACACUUGACCAAACCGGAAUGGCCAUUAAGAGCUUUGUUGCUGAGGGCGAAACCUUUGGGCCGACGUCCUGGCCGUGA